UCUCUUUAUAUUUGAGACUCAGCUCUGAUAUUUUUGCAGGAUAAAAUUUUCAAGCAAAGCAAAUUCCUUUCCUUUGGCUUUCCCUUCUCUUUGCAACUUCACAAAGCAAUGGUUUCUUCAGAUACUGCUAGAAACGUGGUUGGUAUCCUAGGAAACGUCAUCUCACUCUUCUUGUUCUUAUCACCAGUGCCAACUUUUGUUCAAAUAUGGAAGAAAAGGGCAGUGGAGCAGUACUCAGCAACCCCAUAUCUUGCCACCUUAGUUAACUGCAUGGUAUGGGUGCUGUAUGGGCUGCCCAUGGUGCACCCAAAAAGCUUGUUGGUUGUGACCAUAAACGGAUCAGGAACAGCCAUUGAGUUUAUCUACAUUAUCCUUUUCAUUAUCUACGCAGACAAGAAAAAGAGGGUUAAAGUGAUAUUAAUAGUGCUUAUUGAGAUUAUUUUCAUUGCUGCCGUUGCUGUUCUGGUCCUAACUUUAGCCCACACCACCAAGAAGAGGUCUAUGAUUGUGGGACUUGUCUGCAUAUGCUUUAACAUCAUGAUGUAUGCGUCCCCAUUAUCGGUCAUGAAACUUGUAAUUACAACAAAAAGUGUGGAGUAUAUGCCAUUCUUCUUAUCUCUUGCUUCCUUAGGCAACGGACUUGCUUGGACGACUUAUGCUCUCAUCCAUUUCGACCCCUUCAUUGUUAUUCCAAAUGGGUUGGGUUCGCUAUUUGCAGUGGGCCAGCUGGUACUAUACGCAGUGUUCUACAAGUCGACCAAGAGGCAAAUAGCUGAAAGAGAGGGGAAAGCAGAGGUGGGAUUAUCACAAAUAGUUGUGAAUGGAGAUUCCAAGAAGAAGCCAUCAACUGCAUCCCUCAAUGCUUCUGCUUCUGAGAUCAAUAGGGCUUAACUACCUAAUCCAAUUAUCCAGUAGCUAGCAGGGACCAUGCCAGCGAAACACCUUUGUCCAAUAUUUUUAUAAUUAUUCGGGAACCUAACGUAGCAAAGGUACAAUGUGCUGCGUAAGCAGCCACCCAUGUUUGUUACCUCAUCAGUCUGCGUUUUGUGAUGGUUUUCUUUUUGUAGUUUUGAUUGUUAGACAUAUGCUUGGCAAUUAAUAUCAGAAAAUCUCAAUUUAA